GGUAAAAACGAGGUAAGUAAAAAUAACAAUUGAACGAUGAUACGACACUGUUGGAUUGAAACCAAACAAUAGACACAAUGGAAUUAGAAUGAAGCUCCCGAUCCCAGGGUUUCGCGGUUUAUUUUCCAGAGCCCAAUUAACAGUGCGAGCCCCGUACUGGUGUCAUAACGGGUUGUGGACCAGAAUUGAAAUCUGUCCGGUGCUUGAACUAGAAAUCUCGUUCCGGGACAUCCAGGGCUUGCCAAGGCUCGCGGAAAAGGGGCUACGGUAUUUGCAGGGCCAUACAAUUUCACCGACUCUCAACACGCAUCUUCAGCUUCCUCAACACCACAACAGUCUUUGUCCAGCUUCUUUUCCUCAGGCUUCAUCUUUUGCCUACAUCUCUCAAUCCCCCUCCCCCUCCCCCUCCCCAACACCACCAUCAUCAACUGGCAACACUCCGCCCUCUCGCUAUCGUACACUCCUCCUGCCUUGCAUCUUCGUACCAUACCCGACCGAUCCCAUUACACUACAACAAUGUCGUCUCCUCUCAGCGCUGUAAGUAACCCUGAACCUUCACCACACCACCGCCAUUGACCGUCCUGCCACACCCUCCCACACCCUCCCGCUCCCUCUCACCCUUCCCACACACCCUGCUCGCUCUCAUUCACUACCCAUCCCUUAACUUCAUCUCUCUCCUCUCCCUUGAGCUGCCUCUGCGGCGUUCAAGCCCAACUUCCUCCCCCCCCCCCCAAACCGCAUUUAUUCUCACCCCUUAUCACACGUCGAAACGCCGUCGUUGGGCCAAGCUUCUAACAAUGCCUCCACAGAUCCGCAGAAAGAAGAAUGUCAAGAAGGGAAUCCAAUUUUGUUUGAUGGUGUGCGGUGCCUCUGGUACUGGUAGGCUUCAAACACUUCCUUGUCAUCUAUAUAUCGCUAAGUUCCCGAUACUGAUUCGUAUUAUCCGGUAAUCCUCAGGUCGUACUACCUUUGUCAACACCCUUUGCGGCAAAAAGGUGCUGCAGAGCAAAGACUCUGACGAUUCCGCCAAUGCACAUGUUGAGGAAGGUGUCCGAAUCAAGCCGGCCACGGUCGGUACGUGCCUCCAGGGGAAAUUGGUCAAUCGCAUCCUCGUAAAUAAUUGCUUAUUGACAUAUCAACUACAGAACUUGACGAGGAGGGAACGCGCAUAUCCCUUACUAUCGUCGACACCCCUGGUUUCGGUGACCAGAUUGAUAAUGAGGCAAGGUGAGUUUAAGGCUGCAAUUACGAGGCUCAAUGAUUUCGUCAUGAAAAGUGCUGACGGUCUGCGGGGCAGUUUCGGUGAAAUUUCUGGAUACCUGGAACGUCAGUACGAUGAUAUUCUUGCCGAGGAGUCGCGUAUCAAGCGUAAUCCCCGAUUCCGUGACAAUCGUGUCCACGCUCUUCUUUACUUUAUCACCCCUACCGGUCAUGGGUGAGCAUUUAGCAUUUCCGAUUGGUCCCGAAUGCAGCAUUGACUAACAAUCGCCUUAGUCUACGCGAAUUGGACAUUGAACUGAUGAAGCGUCUCUCCCCUCGUGUAAAUGUCAUUCCUGUAAUUGGCAAGGCUGAUUCUUUGACACCUGUCGAAUUGGCUGAGUCCAAGAAGCUCGUCAUGGAGGAUAUUGAGCAUUAUCGCAUCCCUGUCUAUAACUUUCCUUACGAUGUUGAGGAGGAUGAUGAGGAUACCGUUGAGGAAAAUGCUGAGCUCCGCGGAUUGAUGCCCUUUGCGAUUGUUGGGAGUGAGGAGGUUGUAGAGGUUAACGGGCGCAAAGUUCGUGCUAGGCAAUAUCCAUGGGGUGUCGUUGAGGGUUUGUGCUGUCCUUCCAGAGUUACAGACCAAAUAUGGGAAGCGCGGGGCUAACCGCCACCAAACCGUUUAGUCGAUAACCCAAGACACUCCGACUUCCUUGCUAUCAGGUCUGCGCUAUUGCACUCUCACCUAGCAGAUCUGAAGGAAAUUACCCAUGACUUCUUGUAUGAGAACUACCGAACAGAGAAACUUUCCAAGUCUGCUGAGGGUGGUGCUACUGCGUAUGUUCCCUGCACUUCAGAUAUGACCUGAGCACCACUAACAUGUCGAUUCCGUAGUUCUAUGAGCCCCGAGGACCUUGCCUCUCAAUCGGUCCGACUCAAGGAGGAGCAGCUCAGACGUGAGGAGGAGAAGCUCCGGGAAAUCGAAUCAAAGGUUCAACGAGAGAUCAACGAGAAGAGGCAAGAACUUCUUGCUCGUGAAUCGCAGCUCAGAGAGAUGUAUGCAUAAUCUAACCCUUGAUUCCCAUCUUCAAGCUCAUAACUGACAAUGAUUAGUGAGGCCCGGAUGACUCGUGAACACAGCCAGCCUACAUUGGAUGAGAAAUCGAAUGGGGAUCUGUAGUGGGCUUUAGCUCCCUAACCUGGCUCAACAAAUUUGGUUUUAUUUGUGUAUUGCGAUAUCCUUUCUUUUGCUCAAAGUGAGAUUGUGCGUGAUCGGGAUAUCUGUGCCGGCUCUAUGCGGGGGGAGUUUGAUUAGGCAGUAGGAUGGGGUGGCAUCAGCAAGCAUAUAUAUGCAGGUGCUCCUGGAACAAGGGUCAUUUUGUAGCGUUUUUUUUUUUUGAACCGGAGAAUGUGUUGUUAAAGUGUGCGCCAACGUCUUUUGAGGGCACCGGUGGUUCGCCUAUCUACCGUCGAUCCAAAAUUUUCUCUCCUUUGUCAUCCUUUAAUGUUCUUUUUUAUUUUUUCUCCCCGUGCCUACAACAACCUUACCUAAUUUCCUCUUUCCUCCUGUAGUACUUUAACUAUUCGUGUUCUUCCAAUGCCUAGGCACAUUUUCAUUUUUUAUCGCACCAAAAAAACAUACGCCACCCACUUUCCUAUCUCUAUGUAUCUCUCUAUCUCUAUCUCUCCAAUCUCACACUCUCUCACUCGUGUACUGCUGCUGCUCUCAUACUGGUCAACUUGAGAACAGGGAAAGGUUUCCCCUUUUUCCCCGUGGGAUGUGAACGUGGCCAGAUAAACUACAGUACAAGUACAGCGCCGGUGGUCUAGUUGUUCAUUCAAAAACACUAUAAUUCUGUCUUGUCAUUGGUUCCCGUAAUUACCGGUAUCAUGUGUUUCCUCCCGCUAUACCAGUACCUCCGCAAGUACUGUACUCGAGUACGAGUAGAAUGCCC